CAGCAGGGGAUUGUCAGGCUUGGGGGUCUGGUCGCGCGUCCCACUGGGGAUCUCCCUGGGCCCGCUGACCUGACCGUAAUCCCUCCUGCUGGAGCUGGGGAGCUGUCUGUCAGGGCUCGGCCACCUUGACCCUGCCCCUCUCUUCUGGGUUUUGUGUGUACGUGAUGGUGGUGUGUACGUGUGUUUAAGUCUGAGACACGUCCAGGUCCUUUGCUGAGGCCCCGCACAGCCUGAAGCGCUUGGCUGGAAGAGUUUCUGGGAGAAUGCUGGUAAUUCCCAGGAAGAGACAUGGAGGAUUUGGGUGAAGUUGCUUUACCCAAAUGGUGCAAAGACUGUGGUUAUGGAGGAUCAGAGCCACAAACUCCAGAACAGAGCAGCCUUGUCAAAUGUGUGUGGGCAGCUCUGAGACCUUGGGCAAGUCAUCAGUUUCCUCAUUUGUAACAAGUGAUUUAUGGAAAGCAUCUGGUACAUGUUCUGCCAUAUAGGGAGUCUGCCCUUUUCCAAAAGGGGUAUCUUCAGGAGGAGAAUAUGGCUGCUCUUCUUCAGGCAGCAAAAUCCCAGUUGCUUCAGGGCUUAUCCUUCAAGGAUGUGGCUGUGAACUUCACUGAGGAAGAAUGGAGAGAACUGGACCCUGCUCAGAGAGACUUGUACAGGGAUGUAAUGCUUGAGAACUAUAGGAACCUGGUCUCCUUGGGAUGUCCAUUUUCUAAACCUGAUAUCAUCUCCCAGUUGGAACAAGCAGGAAACCCAUGGAUGCAGGAGAGAGAAGUGCUAAGAAGCAGCUGCUCACAUUUGGAGACCAGAAAGUCAAACCCAAAGGAGGUAUUUUCUGAAAAAGAAUCAUGCCAGGGGAUAAGUAUGGAGAGAAGCACAGGGGCUGAUACAAGGGCUUCCAGUUUGAAGGAAGCCUGGGGAUAUGCAGAGAUCAAAGAGAAUGGUCAAGAUAGACUCUGGAAAGAAGCAACAGUUAUCUGCAAGAAAAGAACUUCUAGAACUGAUAGUAAGCCCAAAUAUAUUGAAUCUGGCAGACGUGUUAGUCUGAAGUCAGACUUUGUUAUACAAUCAAGAUACCCUGAAGAAGAGAGACCAUAUACGUCUCAUGCUCAGGGAAGGAGUUUUAAACAGAAUGCAAAAUUAAUAAGACAUCAGAAAGAUAGCCCAAAUGAGAAAACUCUUCAGUGUAAUGUACGUAGUAAAAUAUUCAGUGAUCACUCAGUUUAUGUUCAACAUCGUAUAGCUCAUAGUGGAGAAAACAAUUUGAAAUGUAAUCAGUAUGGGAAGACCUUUGGUCACGGUAUACACUGCACUGAACAUCAGAAAACUAAUAUUGGAGAGAAGUCUUGUGAAGAUAGAAAAGGCUAUACCUGGAACUCACACCUUACCAAACAUCAUCAGAGUGUUCAUGGUGGGAAGGAAUAUAAUGUGCAUGAAAGAGCCUUGAUUCAGAAUGCACCAUUUAUUCAACAUCAGAGAACCCAACAUGGAGAGAAACCGUAUGAAUGUAGUGAAUGUAGAAAAACUUUUGGUAAUUAUUCAGCCCUUACAGUACAUCAGAGAAUUCAUACUGGAGAGAAACCAUAUGAAUGCAAGGAAUGUGGAAAAGCCUUUAAUCAUAACGUCUCUCUUAUCCAACACCAGAGAAUCCAUACUGGAGAGAAGCCCCAUGAAUGUAAUGAAUGCGGGAAGGCUUUCAUUCAGAUAACGCACUUUAUUCAACAUCAACGAAUUCAUACUGGCGAGAAACCUUAUGAAUGUAACGAAUGUGGUAAAGCCUUCAGUCACAAUUCAUCCCGUAUUGAACAUCAGUUUAUUCAUACUGGAGAGAAGCCCUAUGAAUGCAGGGAAUGUGGGAAAGCCUUUAGUCACAACUCUUCCCUCAUUGUCCAUCAGUUUAUUCACACUGGAGAGAAACCCUAUGAAUGUAGUGAGUGCGGCAAGGUCUUUAGUCAAAGCUCACACCUCUAUCAACAUCAGAGAACUCACACUGGAGAGAAACCUUACACCUGUAAUGACUGUGGGAAAGCCUUCAGUGAUCGAUCAGCACUUAUUCGACAUCAGAGAACUCAUACUGGAGAGAAACCCUACAAGUGUAGAGAAUGUGAUAAAGCUUUCAGCCAGAGCUCAACCCUCACAAAACACACAAAAACCCACACUGGAGAGAAACCUUACACCUGUAAAGAUUGUGGGAAAGCCUUCAGCCAGAGUUCAUCGCUGACGCAACAUCAGAAGAUUCAUACUGGAGAGAAACCAUUUGAUUGUCCUGAGUGUGGGAAAGCCUUCAGUAGAAGUGCCCAUCUUACUCAACAUCAGAGGAUUCACACUGGAGAGAAACCCUGUGAGUGUAAUGAAUGUGGCAGAGCCUUCAGGUGUAGUUCAGCCCUCAUUAGGCAUCAGAGACUUCACAGUGGAGAAUCACUCUGAAUGUGUGGUCAUUCAGACUCCUCACUUUGUUAAAUACCAAAGAAUCCUACUUUCAUGGGUUAUUAUAAUUGUGAUCCCCCCUCCCUUUUUUUGAAAAUGCUCUCCUCCCAUUUUCUCCUGCAAAGAAUUAGCUGCCAGAAUACCACAAAUCCAUGUGAAGAAAUACUGAUCUGAAAGCUGGAAUAGCCUAAGAAACCAACCAUUAAUCUUUCUGUGUGUGUGUAUUUUCAUCUGUACCUGAAAAUGACUGAUGUCACCAUGAAGUGAUUUUUUUUUUCCUGGCCCCAGGAAUAGGCUCUUCCAACACGCAAAGGAAUUCCAGUUGUUCAAACUUGAGCUCAUUGCCCCUCCUUGUACUGAUUGGAAUACUGCCAUGUCCAAGUGAAAUGGACUCAUGGUUGAUCGUAUAUUCAAAUACCACCUUUCUAUAAAUCUUUGCCUUAAUAUACAAUCAUUCCUACCCCUAGCAGUACUGUCCUCAUUAAAAGGGCUACUUUGAACUCUCCCUUCUUACUGACUUUCCCGUCCUUCUCUUCUAUUUAAAGUGCUUACACACUUUAGUGUUAGUUACAGCUUGAAGUUCAACAGGGCUUGAGUUUCAGAGCUGAAAAGCACAACUGAAGAUAGAGGAAAAAGGGAUUUUUGUUCUGAAAAUUGUAAGACAAAAUACUCUGAAGAAAUGGUAACAUCUGGAAAUAAUUAUUGAAAUACAUGAAAUUUUUAGUACCUUUUAGAAAUUGGAGACAAGAAAAAAAAGAGUCCUCCAUAAAAGUGUCUGUUAUUAGAAUCAGAGCUCUUCAAAUAAUGUUAGUUAACAUCUUAGGUAUAGCAAGGCCCUUUCAAAAACUUUUCUUUCCUGGAUCCAGUUAGUGUGGGUUGUGGAGAAACAUUUGCCCUUCCUUCAGAGGCCUGAUUUAGAAUGAAUUUAUAUGGUUAAAACCAGUUAUGUGGUUAAAACUGCUUGUGUUGAGUGAAGGGAAAAUUAACAUACAUGUUAUAUCUCGAAUUCCUCUAAGAAGCUUGGAUAGUUUUCACUAUUGUGAUGAGCUCGUUGUGUGGUGACCCGGGCUUGAUUUGAGGAUUGUAGGAAGAGAUCUUUGUUGAUUAAAGCAGGGCUUUCUGCCUUUUCUGAGGGGGCAUUAAUCGUUUUUUUCUUUUUGUUUUUUUAAUCAAGAGGUAGUUCUCACAUUAUCACUCUUUUCAAUUUGCAAGUUAGUCUCCUUUAGGACUCAACUUAAAUUGUCACCUUCUCCUUGACCACCACAGUUGAAAAUAACCUCCUUCUCUGAAAACCUUUGCCAUUCAUUAUAUCCCUUAUAUAUGCCUAUAAAACAUUUUUAGUUUGAUCUUAAUAUCUGGUUUUAUCUCCAGCUUUAACACAGUUCUCCCCAUGAGGAAAGUAACUAUCUUGUUAGGUCUUUUAUUGUUGAUUUUAAACAAAAUAAUAGUUACACACGGUUUUAAAAAUUCAUAUAAGAUGAGUUGUUCAAUGAAAAGUUACCCCUGUAGUACCUUUGAUACACAUCAUACAUUAGAUGAUUUCUGGAUAUGUUUUGCCAACGUUAUGCAUACAAAAUAUAGUGGCUUGAGAUAAACAUUUUGGAGAAAAUCUUAUCAUACUUACAUUUUACUUAAUAGGAAUUCAACCAUAUGCACCAAGACACCCCCUCCAAAAAAGCCCAAGAUAAAUUAGUGAAAUUAGACAUAUUGUAAAAUUAUAUUUUACAUAUAUAACAUUCUGUUGUUUACUUAUACAUUUAUACAUAUGAACACAUAAUAGCAUGUUAUCAGAGUUAUACACAAAGCUAUGUAACUGCAUUUUGUGAGCAAACGCAGAGAUUUAUAAGGACAAUAUUGAUAAUACUCUAUUUCCACCUUAUGGGCUCACUACUGAAGGUAAUUUUGUUUCUCCAAAGAAUUGACAGGCACAGACAAUACAUUUGUAUACUCCUUUAUUCCUCUCCAUGAAUGUUUUUGCUCAGUUGGCCAGAGUUGAUUAUAUCAGAAGAUAUGCCAAUUCAUCCUAGUAGGAAGGUUGCUAUGAUACAGCAUCAUGGAGAAUUGAGAAAUACUUCUGUUUAAUUUAGGUAAAAAAAUCCACUUCCGGGGGUGCCUGGGUGGCUCAGUCAUUAAGCGUCUGCCUUCGGCUCAGGUCAUGAUCCCAGGGUCCUGGGAUCGAGCCCCGCAUCGGGCUCCCUGCUCCGCAGGAAGCCUGCUUCUCCCUCUCCCACUCCCCCUGCUUGUGUUCCCUCUCUUGCUGUGUCUGUCAAAUAAAUAAAUAAAUAGUCUUAAAAAAAAAAUCCAUUUCCGGGGUGCCUGGGUGGCUCAGUCAGUUAAGUGUCUGCCUUUGGCUCAGGUCAUG